AUUUAUUAUUUUUUUAAAUCACCCUACCUUAUCAUAUACUGACCUUGCAUUUUGUUUAUUUUGACGUAUCACCGACCGGUAAAUAAAUAAAUAAAUAAUUGAAUAUUUACUUCAGCAGUGCUUAAAUUUGUUCGAACUCGAUCGAAAAAUGGAAGAGAUGCAAGAGAUCUUUGAAAACGAGGAGUACCUGGAUAAUGAUACUGACGAUGUAGGAGAACACGCUAGUGGCUCCAAGAGCACCAAAGGGAAUGUCGAAGAGGCAGAUGUGAAACAGGAACAACCAUCUGGAUCUGGGUGUCCGCUCACUCUAUCGUUCGAGGAACUACAGUAUCAGUAUGAGGAACCAUCCGGAUGUCCACUUAGCCCAUUUUUCGCUGACGAAAUUGGAGAUCCUGAUGAACCAGACGAGCAGUUUUUACCAGACGAUGCCGCAGGAGAGUAUUUAUUCUUUUUCAAAGGAGUUUUCAGUCGACGACUCUAUCGAACUCAAUUGCGUCCUAAGGAAUACUGCACAAAGAACGUGGGUGGGAAUACACUUGAUGAAGUGUUUGAAUCCAUCUGGCGUGUGGCUGUGAAACAAAUUGUGCGUCAAGUUAUUUUCGUCGGGGAAAAUGCAAAUUGGGCUGAUCAGGAUAAACCAGAGAUUGAUGCCAUGGAACAAUUCGUCACCCUGCAAGAUCCAUCUAAAAAGAAGACGUAUUCAAUUUCAUCGGUAACGCAACGAGUGAUGUCAACGUGGCGUGAUAAAAUCAUCAAAAUUCAUGUGUACGUUUACUCCACGAAUGUGGAAACAAAUGCACAGCACCGUACAGUUGUUCGCACAUUAAUUACCCCACAAAAUCCUGACCGUGCAGGCGCAGAUUCCACCCGAGAUGACGCAGCGUUGGCUGAGAAUCUGCGAAAGAGUCAUCCCCACCUAGAGGGGCAUCACAGCUCGUGGCUGCUGUGGGCGAAUUAUAUACAUUCGUCAUCAGCACAAGAUCGACAGCGGUUGAAGGAAGCAGAAGCACCACCAACAGAGUUGGCAAAGUAUUUUCGGUGGGCUGCUGUGUCAGAAGCGGCAAGAUUACAAGCUGUCCACAGAGGAAUGACGGUUGCGCAAACGGCGAACGAUGGAUGGUCUCGAGAGGUGAAUGAGUUGAAAAAGGAUAUUUCACUUACUCUCUCGGUUCUCCAGAAAGUAUCACAUAGAGUAGAUGCGAUGGUGGCCAGGGCUACGGUUGGUUCCGAGCUUUUCGAAGCCAUGGGAUCAGCGAUGCAACCGGAAGAAGCGGAAUUAAGUCACCUGUUGGCCGCAAAAGUAACGGACUGUGCCGACACUGAUCACCAAUAACGAUGCACCCAUAUGAUGAGGAAGAGAGAGGGAGGAUGUUGCUCAAUGUCUUUCGUUUUAAUCCAGUUUUUUCACACCAAAUUUCGAUUCGGUUUCGAUUAUUUCCGUAUUAUUAAAGAUCACACAAUGAAUUUGUUAACAGCUCAUUUCAGUUUGAUUUAUUUGCCAAAGGGAAGAUAUGUAGGGGCGACAAGUACGCUACAAAAGGCGUGACGAAUAGGAGAAGGGUUUUUUGAUCUAAAAAUAAAUGAAUAAAAACCUUCAGAAACAUGAGAUAAGAGCCUUUUAUUACUUAAAAGAAAAGUA